CAAACGGUGCCUAAACUACAGUUUUUAACAACUAUAUAUUUAAAACUGUCACAAUCAGGAUGCAGAGUCCACUGAACGGUCUCCAGCAGAACCCAAUGUUUCAGAUGGCCCUGGCCAAUGCCUUCCCCGCUGGUUUCAACGUCCUAGGCCAGCCGCAACUGCAUCCCGCUUUCCUGCACUCACCGUACGCGGCCAACCAGCUCAGCUACCGCCCCAGCAAGGCCAGCAAGUCCUUCAUGAUUGACGCCAUCCUAGGACGAAAUGGGGAGAAAGAAAACACCAAACCACAGCCUGAGCUCACAGUGGACAGUGUCCAUCCGUAUCGCUUGGCUACAAGUGUGAUCCCAAACUUAAACAACGGUCUUCGACAGGUUUUGAAUACGCCAAAAGGUAAAUUGGAGCCGAAAAAACUGUCCGCCACUCCUGGUUGGAGACAGAGUAAGUCCAAGCGUGUCCGAACCAUCUUUACGCCUGAGCAGCUGGAGCGUUUGGAAGCAGAAUUCGAGAAACAGCAGUACAUGGUCGGCUCCGAGAGGUCCUACCUUGCGGGCACCCUCGACCUAAGCGAGGCGCAGGUGAAGGUGUGGUUCCAGAACCGCCGCAUCAAAUGGAGGAAACAAAGUCUAGAGAAGCAACAACAGAGACUGAGACAGCUAGAUCUCCUGCACAGCGAAGAGUCUGGCUGUGAAUCUGAAGACGACGACAACGCCAGCAUUGGAACUUCCAGCGACUUUGGCAGUGAGGCUGGCAGCGAUCACUAAAGCCCCUUCAUUUCCACUCUCGCAGCCCCUAAGAGCCACCGUAGACAACCUUUAAAAAAAGACAUUAGCGUUCUUUACUGACGAGCAUAAACUCCCAAAGUGCCAAAAAUAAUGCCACCUAGUUGAACUGAUGGUAUAAGCACCAAUACAAAGCGGGAAUUGAUAUUCUUUUGACAUUCUGGUGUUUUGGUCACAGUGUCUACAUGCAUGCAAUGACGGCCGCCUAUCCUGCCAUUCUUGGAAUAAAAAAUCAGUUCAAGAACACUUGUAAAGCGCAUAACUUAAUUCUAUACGUAAUGAUCAUGAUCUGAUGAAUAACUCACAUGCAUCUGACACUGAUAUCAAACGACAAGAGCAGAGAUUAAGGAUUUCAAAACAACUGCACCAACCAUGUCAACCAAGAGAAACUAAAAAAUUGGAUGGAUUUGACUUUUAUGCGUUUUCAUCCAUGUGCUUAACGUCUGUUUUAGCAAUUAACAAAAUAGUUAAUUUUUCUGUGACUGAUUACAACAUUGCUUAUGAUACUCAUUGAUGACUUGUCAUGACAGAUUAUUUUGACGCUUUAAAACAGUUUCAUCAAUUGGUUAUUUAGGCAACUUUAGCUUUGCUAUAAUGUUAUUUUCAACUAUUUGAAUAUUGUUAUCAUAUCAGCACUGUUUUUUAUUAUUGUUGAAAUUGUCAUAAUUUUUAACUAAUUUUUACGUAAGGAAGUUAACUUUCUGAAAAGUAACAAAAUCACUAGUUUUCUUCCAUUGAAUAUCCAUGUUAAAUAUAGUUUGUUAUACUUUAAAUCAAUCAAAAUGCGACAUUCGAUGUUUAAAUAAAAAACAAAAAUUCAAAUAAA